GCCGCGGCGGCGCUGGGGGCCGCGCUCAGCGCCAGCAAGACCAAGACCAAGAAGAAGCACUUCGUGUGCCAAAAGGUGAAGCUGUUCCGGGCCUCCGAGCCGCUGCUCAGCGUCCUCAUGUGGGGCGCCAACCACACGAUCAAUGAGUUAAGCAACGUUCCUGUCCCUGUGAUGCUAAUGCCAGAUGACUUUAAAGCCUACAGUAAGAUUAAGGUGGACAAUCAUCUGUUCAACAAGGAAAACCUGCCAAGCCGCUUCAAAUUUAAGGAGUACUGCCCACUGGUGUUCCGGAAUCUCCGGGAAAGAUUUGGGAUUGAUGAUCAAGAUUACCAGAACUCUGUAACCCGAAGUGCUCCUGUGAACAGUGACAGCCAAGGGCGCUGUGGGGCCCGGUUCCUCACCACCUAUGACAGGAGGUUUGUCAUCAAGGCAGUGUCAAGUGAAGAUGUAGCUGAGAUGCACAACAUCUUGAAGAAGUACCAUCAGUUCAUAGUGGAAUGCCAUGGGAACACACUUCUUCCCCAGUUUCUUGGCAUGUACCGUCUUACCGUGGAUGGCGUGGAAACCUAUAUGGUUGUCACAAGGAAUGUAUUUAGUCACAGGCUGACCGUGCAUCGGAAGUAUGACCUGAAGGGCUCAACAGUGUCCAGGGAAGCAAGUGAUAAAGAAAAGGCCAAGGAUUUGCCAACGUUCAAAGACAAUGACUUCUUGAACGAAGGUCAGAAGCUCCAUGUCGGAGAGGAGAGUAAAAAGAACUUCUUGGAAAAGCUAAAGCGGGAUGUGGAGUUUUUAGCUCAGCUAAAGAUCAUGGACUACAGCCUGCUGGUAGGUAUUCAUGAUGUUGACCGGGCAGAGCAGGAAGAGAUGGAAGUAGAGGAUCGAGCUGAGGAUGAGGAGUGUGAGAACGAUGGCAUUGGUGGGAACCCCAUUUCUUCCUACGGGACCCCUCCGGACAGCCCAGGAAACCUCCUCAACUACCCACGGUUCUUUGGGCCUGGGGAAUUUGACCCUUCUGUUGAUGUGUACGCCAUGAAAAGCCACGAAAGUGCCCCCAAGAAGGAGGUGUAUUUCAUGGCCAUUAUAGACAUUCUCACGCCAUACGAUGCAAAGAAGAAAGCUGCACAUGCUGCCAAAACAGUAAAACACGGGGCUGGGGCAGAGAUUUCUACAGUGAACCCAGAACAGUACUCUAAACGCUUCAAUGAAUUUAUGUCCAAUAUCCUGACAUAGUCAUCUUCAACCUUCAGCGAGACGGAAAGAGAAGAGGGCUACUCCUAAAAACAGAGAAUGCAGCCUGUGACACUAAAACAGACACUGUAGCAGCAUGUGGGGGGUGUGUGCGCCUGUGCGUGUGAGACCGUGUAUGAUUUAAAAAGAAACGAAUUUUAGGUUCAUUCUUCAAUAAUCCACUUGACCCAAGUGGAAAAGCAUUUUUUUCAUUGUUACAAAUGUGCCCAGACAUAGACUUGAGGGCUUAAAAAAGUAUCAUUGCUUCAGCACUGCUAUGUAUAAACAAGACUUUCUCCUCUCUGAUCAAGAGAAGCCAGUUGGGGUACCAUCCUUGGCGCUAUUUAUAUGAAGUCAAACAUUAGCUUGAGUUAAAUCCAAAGUGACACAAUACCUAAUUCCACAAACUGCUAUUUUUUUAUUGGACUGCCUUUAACAGAAAGCUGUACAAAACCCUUUUACUUCUCUCUCUCAGUAGGAAUUGGAAAGAAAAUAGUUCACUAUGUCAAGGAUGAAACUGUUACUCUGAGCUGCUGAACUUUUAACUAGGUAAAAUCAGACUAGGACAUUUUUAAUUUAAAAAAGGAAAUUUUUACCUGCACUUGAUUUUUACAAGAAAAAUGAGGGAAACAAACAUCUGCCAAAGAAGAUCACUCAAAAGGCAUAAAUUGUAAAACCUAAAAAGCAGUAUGAAACAUAUAUAGUCCUUAAAUAAUUUAAUUUCUGGGGCUUUCCAGAACCAUCAUGCUGUGGUAUGGUAACUGUGAAGAUUCCACAAAAGUUAAAAAAUAAAAAAUAUCAUGCUAACUUAUUGGUAGGUUUGGGACAACACUUGACUGUUUAGAAUGCCCCCACCUUUCUCUGUCACAAUCAUGUAUUUGCCCUAACUUUUAAAAAUAGUUGACAGUUGUUCUGCCAAUGUUAAUCUAGCUAACGUUCAUUCAGUUUUCCUAACUCAUAUGAUCCUGCAAUAGGUACUUAAGUUUGCUUCCUGAGAGAGGUUUUAACAAGAAAAAUAGUCCAUGCAAUUUGCAUCUGAAGAAAGCUUAAAUCACUGUCAGUUCGGAGUGUUGUUAGCAGUGACUGUGUAUCAGAUUGAAUGCAUGUCUGGUUCCACUGCACAAGAGGAAACUGAACUUGAGCUGUAGACAUUUUUUCUGCUUCACUCCAGGCUCAUAACAGUCUGGUAGAGCAAUAGUUUGAUGGACAUUUAUGUCUGAAUACUUGCUCCAGAUUAUUUUUUUCAACUAAGGAAUUUGAACAGACUUGCGUGAUUGAAUUCUGUCCUGUUUUGUCUCUUGAUUAAUUGCUUGUAAUAUUUUUCACAUCCACACGUGUCAAACUUACCAUCAGUUUAAUUAGGUCUGCUCCCGAACAGAUGUCUCUCUCUUGAAAGCUUUUUUUGUUUUUAAGCAGGAUUUAGCAGGGGGGGUUGUUUUUUGGGGUUUUUUUUUUUAAACAAACCUCUUGCAGUUGACACACCUUGCUUAUCUGCCUUGAAACUGUUUUCACAUAUGCCUUUGUUUCAGGAAUAAGCUGUUAGAAUGUAUGUGUCCUGUGCUGUAAUGUGUGCUACAGUUUGCUGUGUGGAUUUGAUCCUUUUGAGAGAGAACUGGUGCUCAUCAUAAUCCUGGUAAUUAACUAGACUAAUGUUAGCCUUGGUUGGAUUCUGAAUGCAGGAUAUCUUUAAUUUUUUCCCUUUAUGUUCCUGCCCUAAACAGCACAGCUUUCAGCAUAGGGGAAUGAAGGGGGAAUAGGUCAAGACUCAGAACUCAGUUUAUGAGAGUCCAAUGUAAAUACUGUUUAAAGAAAUAUGAAAUGAAUACAGUUGGUUGUAAUGGGAUAUGGAUCUUUUUGUCCACUUUUGGGUCAUUCUCUUUGAAGGACAAAUUUCUUAUGCCAUUGUAAUCCACUGUCUCUUCUCUGUAAAUUUGGGGUGCUUAACAUGCCAUCGUUUGAGAGCCUAGCAAGAAUCUUACACAUCCUAGGGUGUCUAGCUAACACAAACCAAAUGCAGAUGGGAGAAAAACUGUAAAAAUGGGGGAGGGUGGAGAGCUGAAAAUAUCCUUAGUUUAGAGGGGACUGUCAGUUACUUUCCUCUAAAACAAUAAGCACUUAUGGCUACUGUGAAAUAGGAAUUAAAUACCCAUUACUUUUUAUUCUUGACAGUUUUAAAAAUUCCUGAAUCUGCAACUUUGGCCUGGUAAGUUUGCCACUCUCAUUUUGGGAAAUUAGGUUGUACUUUGUAGUGUGCUAGAUGUAGAUGUGCAUUUUUUUUAAUGAUGGCAAAUAAGGAAGUGUACUGAAGACAUCUUGCCAUGAGAUGUUUUAAACGGGCAGCCCAAGGACAGUAGGGAUAAAGCUUGCCUAGCUAGGGGCAACUAUAAAACAAACAAACAAAACCCAAAUAACCCUUGAACUUUAAAUAGGGACAUAAUCAAAAGACAACUAGUUCCUGCAGCAACUGUUACAAAACAGGUGACAUGAAGGAUUUGAGGGCUCUGUUGUUUUACAUUCCCACUGCAGAUGGGGAGAAGACUUCUUAGACUCCAGUCAGUGGUCUCAGUGCCUCAUGGUAUAAAAGCCCUGCAACUUUCUAUUUACUUUAGCACUUGCCCCAUUUUGCCAUUUUUGUCAUGUUGCCAUACAGUGUGUAUUAAACUAAUUAAAUGCAAUUGUCUCAUUUAAAGAUGUAUUACCCAGGCAUGUAACUUUGUUUAACAUUCGCAUUUUGUAUAUUGUUUACAUUUUGAGAGGUAGCAUUAUGUUAAAAUGCUAAUUUUGUUUCUAGACAGUAUUUUUGUUACUAUAAGAGGUGAAGCUGCAAAUAUUUGAUUUGUUUCUAAAAGGGACUUUUGCUUUUUUUUAAAUUUUUUGUUUUAAUCUUGUUUUUGGUCACCUUUUACUUUGAAAUAUUUAAAAAACCCCCCCCCAUUAAUCUUUUUUUUUCUUUCCUUUUUUUUUAUACAACUGCCUGUGAUAGUCUGUCUUUUUUUUUUUCCUAUGACUUUUUGUCCUAGCUUGCUUAAUGUAGAUGGUUUCUGUCUAUAGCAUGUACCCUGCAGAACACUUUACACUGAAGUGCAUUGCAAUUGGAAACCAUGACUCAGGCUGGAAAAAGGUGUAGUAGGGUAGGCCUGCAAUAUAAACUGUAACAGCCAAUUGUCUAGAUCCCUGCAAAACUGCAGGAAAAUUAAGUAAGUGGCUACAUUGUUUUGUUUUUUCUGGAGAAUGCUGUGCAAUGUUAGGUCAAUUAGGUUUAAAAGUAGUGUGGAGCCCAAACAGAAGGCAGGGGGCAGUAUGUUAGAAGGGAUAUCUUUUAGGAAAUACAUUCCUGACUGCUUAGGGUGCCUGUCAUUAUCUUGACAUAGGCCUAGUAAAUAUCAAGGAGAGGUAAAAACUUAAAGAUUAGAAACACCUCCCCCUACAUCAAAAUAACUGAUGUGGGUAUGAGGAAGAAAAAGGAUGCUGAUAGUACAGACCAGAAGUUCUAUCCCCUUUUGAGAGUUGUACCACUUAUAAGAUGGCCUGUCAUACCAGCUCAAUAAGAACCACUUAAGAGGAUGCUAAAGACCUCUUCCCCCUUCCUUCUGCACUUUUCCCUCUCCCCAAUAUAUAGUAACCACUUGCUCUGUAUACACCAUAAUUUAAUCAUCAUUACCAGCCAGCCUCCAGGUGGUUUUUGUGCAUAGGUUGUCUUUGGUGUUGCAGGAUGCAUGCAAGAGUGGCAGUAGGGAGGUUAUGGAAUUCACUUUUCAAGCUAGGUGCAGUUUUUUUAAUGGAUCCAUUUCUUCCCUCCUCCCCUGAGGUCAACCUUUUCUACCUGUCACUUAAUCCAGUGCCUCUGACUAUGGUUUUGAUUGAAAUGGCUUUUAAUUGUAAACCUCCCCCGCACAAAGCAUUUUCUGGGCUCCUGAUAGGGAGUAUGGCUAUCUUUAAUAAACUGGGAUUGACCAAUCCCAGAGAGGUCAAAACCGCCUUGGAAUUUUCAGCUACAAUAGUAGAUGGAGCCAAGGACAUCACUAUGAAAAUAUUCAAGAACUUGCCCUUUGUUUAAAGGAGAGCGGGGUUGCAUGCAACUGUAUGAAAAACAAUCCCUUUGGAUACCGAUUUUACAGCAUAACUAAGGGCCUGCUCUUCCACUUCCAGGAAAUCUAACUUCAGCUUUCAUUUUUACUGACAGUAAAAAUACUAAGUGUUUUGGUACGGGCAUGUCCAGUUUGCCUAUCUGGCAGAAGAACUAGUGCUUUGCCUUCCAGGUGGCUAUUGCAGCUGCCUUCAACUUGGGACCAGUGUUUUAACCACAGAAACUAGAGGCAUAUCAUGGGAUUAAAUUGUAUUGUGACCUAAUUGUGGAGAAAGUGGUGGAUUGUCUUCUGGCUUCAACAGAUUAAUAGUCCUGUAUUUACUAUGGUCUCUACAGAUGCCCCACUUACAGCUGCAGAGAGGUUGGAGUGUUAACCUUUGUAUGGUAUAAACACAAAAUGUUUCAGGGGUCAGUGUGUGUGCUGAAACUUUUGUUUGCAACAUUAUGUAACUAAUAAUUCCAAACCCACUGUAAUUGUAACAGUUGUUUGAGAACAAAGUUGCAGUCCCCUCCCCUCCUGCUUUUUAAUGCACCAUUUCAAACUUGCCUGGCAGUUGCUGUCAUUUUGAAGAACCUGUUGUCCAGUGUCCACCAUACUAGCCACUACUGAUUUUUCCUUGCCUUGUGAAUUCUUGUGUAAUAGCAACAUUAAUGCUAGGGGAAACAGACUUUGGUCAUCCAUCAUUUUUAGUGGUUUACAUUUUUAACCACUUGGCACGUAUGCUGUUCUUUGUUUAGAUGCGUGAUAAAUGCAGUUUGAUUGGGCUAUGUCAAAUUGGACGGUUAUACCUACAGGUCACAGAGAUGGGCAAGACUGAUCAGUGCAACUGAAAACAAAUGUGAAUAAAUUUAAUUUAAUCUAAAACUAAAAUGAUGAGGCAUUCUAGAUUUUCACUGCUGUUUCAGUUCUUUUGGGGGGAGGGGCUGUUUGUUUUUUUUAAAAUAGGAAUUAAGUCCUCUGUGCUUGUCUGUUUGCUAGGAGCAGUUUGAGACACUGUUACUGUUUUGAAAUGCAUGCAUGUUACAAGAUGAAUCUCCGACCAAGAAAAAAAAUAAAAAUGAAAACUUUGUGUA